CGCGUAGAUUAUGAUAAGUGAAGAUGUAUAAAAGGAUGAUAAUUGUGUUCACAGUUAGUUAGUGAAUCUGCAGCCAUGAGGGCGGUCUAUUUAGUCUUUGGGAUUUUGUUGGCACUUGCCAAUGCUAAUGUGAGAGUCCGUAGAGGCUACGGUGGCGGCGGCGGCGGUGGAUUUGGUUUCGGCGGCGGCGGUGGAGGAGGAUUCGGAUACGGUGGAGGCGGCGGUGGUGGUGCAGGAACUGGAGGUGGCUUUGGAGGAGGGCUUGAUUCCAUUCGGGAAGGAGUUCAUGGAAUUAUUGGCAAAGUCGCCUCUGGAUUCAGUCAUCUCGGAGGCGGGUUCAGCGCAAGUGGUGGACUCGGUGGUGGAUCUGGAGGUGGACUCGGCGGUGGCUCUGGAGGUGGCCUUGGAGGUGGCGGUGGAGCUGGCCACGGAGGCGGCCAUGGAGGUGGCCUCGGAGGUGGCCUCGGAGGUGGCCUCGGAGGUGGCAGUGGAGGCGGCCUUGGAGGUGGCAACGAGAAAGUGAUUUACACGAAGUCAGAUGACGGCAAAUCUGGUGGUUUCGCGUUUACUGGCACAACUGGAAACGGCGGAUACGGCGGCGGUGGUGGUUACAGCGGCGGUGGAGGUGGUAGCGGUAUUGGCGGCGGAGCUGGCUUCGGUGGUGGAUCCGGAGGUGGAUUGGGCGGUGGUAAAGGAGGCAGCGGUGGAUUCGGUGGAAAUGGCUUAGGAGGCGGAUCUGGCGGAGGCUACGGUGGAGCCGGAGGUGGUGGUAGUGGUCACGGCGGAUCCGGAGCAUACGGCGGAAGUGGUGGACUUGGCGGUGGUUCGGGAGGUGGACUUGGCGGUGGUUCAGGAGGUGGACUUGGCGGUGGUUCAGGAGGUGGACUUGGUGGAGGCCAUGGCGGUGGUAACGGCGGAUUUGGUGGACAUGGCGGUAGCGGCGGUGGAUCGGGUGGCCUCGGAUUUGGAGGCUCAAUUGGUUUCGGCGGCGGUUCUGGAGCUGGACUUGGAGGUGGAGCUGGUGGGGGAAAUGGGGGUAGCCAUGGUGGAUCUGUUAAUCUGGGAGGUGGCAGCGGUGGAUCUGGAGGGUUUGGAAGUGGAUCAGGGCUCGGAGGUGGAUCUGGCGGUGGACUAGGCGGUGGUCGUGGUGGAUCUGGAGGGUUCGGGGAUGGAAACGGUGGGGCCGGAAAUUAUGGUGGUGGCUCAGGCCUUGGAGGCGGGUCUGGCGGGGGAUCUGGAGGUGGACACGGUGGUUCUGGGGGAUUCGGCGCUGGCAGUGGAGGUAACGGCGGAGGACACGGAGGGUCUGGUGGUUUCGGAGGUAACGGCGGUGGUUUCGGCGGGGGCUCUGGAGGCGGUCUAUCCGGGGGCCACGGUGGAUCUGGAAGCGGCAGCGGUGGAUACGGUGGGUCCAGUGGUUUUGUAGGAAGUUUAGGAAGUGGGCUUGGCGCUGGAUACGGGGGCUCUGGAGGGCUUGGUGGAAGUGGUUCUGGCAGUGGUGGUUCCGGGGGCUGCGGAUCCGUUUCUUGCGGUGGCUGUUCAUCAGGUUCGUGUGGUGGCAACGGCGGAGCUUUCGCUUCCGCUAAGGCCUCUGCAUCCGCUACCGCCAGUGCUAGCAGUUAUGGCAAAUAAUUAUAAUAAUUCAACAAAAGAUAUCCAGUAAUUAAAUCUAUAAUAUCCAUUCCUAACUAUCAAUAAAAAACAAUAACGAAAUUGUUGAUUUUUUAUGAAUGAUCAAUUUAUGUAGUUACAGAUUAUUGUAAAACCAAUCAACUUCAUUCAAAUUAAAUUUAUUCAAAUCAUUUUACAAUAAGUACCUAAUUAUUAUUGUAACCUAUGCCUAAUUUAGUUUUGUAACCUAGGCACUCAUUUUUCAUUUUGGAAAAGGUCGAUGUAUGCUUUCAAAUGUAUAUUUUUUAUUAAUUUGUUUUAAAUUAAAAAAUUCAAUUAUAGUGAAUUUGUAAAAAUGAUCAACUUAUUAUAGUCUUAGAGUAUUAAAUACGAGAUUGCAUGUCUUAUAACAUCGUCAAACGUGAUUCAAUGUAAAUUGUUAUUGACUAUUGAUCGACUCGAUGUGAUAAAAAAACUACUUAUUUAUCUGAGAUUAUUAA